CGGCGCGCCCAUCGGCGGCGAGGGGCGAGGCCGCGCGCGCCUCGCCCGCCGCCGCGCGCCAUGAACGAGCUCCGACGGAACGUCCAGCUCGUGAGCGAGAUCCACGCGCGCGUCGCGGCGAUGAGACUCGACGCGGAGACGCGACGCGAGGCGGCGGCGGAGAAGAAGCGCGUCGAGGACGCCGAGCUCGCCGCCGAAGAGGCGGCGAGACGCGAGGAGCGGAACCGCGCGAGGUGGGACGACCUAGGCGAGGACCUCAUCGCGCGCGUGCUGCUGUCCGCGCCGGACGCGCGGUCGUACGCCGCGAUCGCGUGCGUGUGCCGGCAGCUUCGGAAGAUCGCGCUGCCGCCGAACGCGGGACGGGCGGCGAUGUCCGAUUCCGACUCUGACGACUCCGACGACUCCGAUCUGUUCGACUCCGAUCUAUCCGACGACCGAGGCCGCCGCCGCGAGGACGCGUCGACGUCCGCGUCGACGUCCGCGUCCUCCGCGCCGUCUCGACGACGCCCCCAACCCCUCCUCGUCGGCGGCGCGCUCGAGGACGGCUGGGAGCGCCUGUGCCGCGCCGAGUGGGGCGUCUACCACGCGUCGCCCUCCGACGUCCCGUGCGUCGAGUCGCGCCUCGGCGUGAUCGAGCACUUCCAGGACGAGGUCUUCGACGACCUCGCGCGGAGGUGGGGCGACGGCGACGCGUGCGCGUGGGACGGCGGCGCGGGGUGCGGCGGCGGGUGGCGCGCGGUGUAUCGCGACCGGCAUCUCGGAUGGAAGCAGACGAUGGAGACGCUGCGAUGGCUCAAGGCGCGCGGGCAUCCCUCGGACGUCAGCGGCAGGCGGCAUCGAUACGAGCUCUUCCUCGCGAUGCGAUACGCCGCGGUGUGCACGGACUGCGUGGGCGACGUCGGGGGAAGGAAAUCGGAGCUCAUCGCGUGCGACGGCGUGAAGAGCUUGCGCGCGCUGAUCGACGGGAACGAGAGCGCCAACCUCGUGGAACAAGCGUGUUGCGCGCUCGCCAAUGUGCUCCACGGCGACAGAGAGACCCCAGGCCGGCCGGCGCGGGCGGCGGUGAUGAAGGGCGUCGCCGAGCGCGUCGGCGGCGCGCUGCUGACGCUCCUCAUGCCUCUGCUGACGUCCACGUGCGUGGGCGUUCGAACGGAGGCGACGCGGAUAUUCCUGAGCGUGGAGUCGCCGUUCGAGCGCGGGUUGGAGUCGAUCGAUCGCGCCGGCGGCGCGGGCGUCGGCGUCGGCGGCGAUUUCGUCGCGCCGCCGGAGGUGGUCGUCGGCGAGCCGCGCGGGAUCGACGCGACGAAAUCGCGCCCGCUCCCGCCCGGGACGUACACCCUCCACGAGUACUUCUCGAGCGGCGACCUCGUGCACCCGGACGGGCAGGUGAUGUACUUGGAGUACACCGAAUUGGACGCGGACGCGGACGCGGACGCGGACGCGAGACGACGCGAGGGGUUCGCCGCGGGCGCCGUCGGCGUCGUCGCCGGCCGCGGGACAGACGCGUCGGGGCCGUUCACGCUGAGCGGCGCCGUCGACGCGACGACGGGCGAGUUCGUGUUCGAGAUCGCGCAUCAAGAAUGCGGCGGGGAGGUGCGGACGUACCGGGGAUUGCAAGACGCCGCGCCGGGGGUGUGGGGGCUCAGCGCGCCGGUGCGAAGCGCGUCGACGUUUUCGCUGUCGACGCACGCGCCGCCGCCGCGGCCGUUCCGGUUGUGGCACACCCCGGAUAUUUUGUGGGUAAAGUAGGCAAUUGGGGGGGAGUAUCAUAGCACGACGACGUAGCGUGCUGUAGGUGGGCUAACUAGCUAGCAGACGUCGCGAGUGAUGAGUUGCGCGGCGUGUCGUCGUUUUCGCGUCGACGAGAGCGUGCCUCGAACUCGCGUUCGUCGUCGAGUCGACGCUCACUGGUACCGGAGCCAGUACACGUC